GCCAAAGCGCAGACAAGCUAACGACACAAUAUGGUUUUCAAGAGGGGAUCGCUACCUGACGUGCUCGCGAUGACGCCCCUGCGCCGAAAUUCUUGCAGGGACGGUAACUCGCCCUUGGUACCCCAGCAGUUGUCGCCCAUCUGCCGAGGAGAGGCUGAAGAAAAGGAGGACUCUUCGUCCGCUAAUAGCAGGUUGUGCAGUCAGGUGGACUCAGCCGCCGCACCGAAGCGGGGAAAGUGGGCCGGCAAGGCGGACUUCGUUUUCAGCUGCAUCAGCUACGCCGUCGGCUUGGGCAACGUCUGGCGAUUCCCAUACCUCUGCUAUGAGAAUGGAGGAGGUGCAUUUCUUGUCCCAUACUUCAUCUGCCUUCUCACUACGGCGGUUCCUAUGUUCUACUUGGAAGUGGCCAUGGGACAGUACCUGAGCAAGGGUGGCAUAGGAAUCUGGGCCGUAGCACCUAUGUUCAGAGGCAUAGGUAUCGCGUCAUUCGUGAUUGUUGCGCUGUCCAACGUCUACUACAUGGUGAUCGUGGCAUGGAUCAUCUUCUACCUGCUCUCAUCUUUUGCCAUGGUGCUUCCCUGGAAGCACUGCGACAACCAUUGGAACACCGAGAGGUGCUGGGAGCACAACGAAACGCACCCAAUACCGCCACACAACAGAUCUGUCACGCCCAUCGUAGAGUUCUGGGAGAACCACGUGCUCGGCAUCACGUCCGGACUGCACGAUAUCGGGACCAUGCGUAUGGAGCUGGCCCUCUACUUAAUGAUCGCUUGGAUCGCAGUGUACUUCGUCAUCUGGAAAGGUCUUCAUCAGAGCGGCAAGAUUGUUUGGGUGUUGGCGGGGUUCCCAUACGUGUGCCUCAUCAUUCUUCUCGUGAGGGGCGUCACGCUCAGUGGGUCAUCCGACGGUCUGUUAUACUACAUUACGCCCGACUGGAGUCAACUACUAAAACCCAAGGUGUGGAUUGCUGCCGGAACUCAGGUGUUCUACAGCUACGGAGUCGGCUUCGGUUCGCUCGUGACACUCGGUAGCUACAAUGAAUUCCACCAGAAUUUCAUAAGAGAUUCGAUGAUAGUAUGUGUUGUCAACCCUAUGACGAGCCUUCUGUCGGGCACUGUUAUAUUCUCGGUGCUUGGUCACAUGGCUUCUGCAGCUGGAAAAUCGGUAGGCGACGUCGUGAAAUCAGGACCAGGCCUGGCUUUUCUCGUGUACCCCGAGGUCGUCACUCGAAUGCCGGCUUCGAUGGUUUGGUCCAUACUCUUCUUCGUCAUGCUGCUCAUCCUCGGAAUAAACAGUCAGUUCUGCACAUCCGAAGCGAUUGUCGCCGGCGUAAUCGACCAAUGGCCGUCAAUGGUCAACCGGCGCAAGCUUGUUACUCUCUGUUUGGUCGUGACCCAGUUUCUGUUAGGACUCCCGAUGACCACUCAGGGCGGAAUGUAUUUGUUUCAACUGAUGGACAACUACGCCGUCAGCGGCAUCACGCUACUGUUCAUAGUGUUCUCUCAGGCAACUGCUCUUUCCUGGGUGUACGGAACGAUGAACAUAUCCGAUAACAUCAAGGAAAUGAUCGGCCGACGACCAAACUUCCUGCUUCGACUGGGCUGGACGGUAUUCACACCGUUCAUGUGCGUGGCUAUAUUUAUGUUCACUGUGAUCAAGUACCAACCACUAGUCUACGCCAAGACGUACACGUACCCGUGGUGGGGAGAGAUGCUGGGCUGGUUCAUGGCGCUCUCUUCCAUGGUCGCGAUUCCUGCAUACGUGGUCUACUUCCUAAUCACCACGCCUGGCUCCUUUCGACAGCGAAUCCGAGCGGGAUUGUCUCCACAGCUUGUGGAAUGCGACCAGAAGGAAGAAGAAGACUACCCGCUGAGGUGCACAGCGACUCCAUCUUGAGAAAGCUCGUGAUGAUCGAGGUACAUACCUGACACAACGACUAUGCAUUGUAGCUGCGCAGCGCACACGCGAAGCAGUGCCGCCGAAGUUCUUUUCUCGAGUGUGUGGUCCAAGAACGGACGUGCGCCAGAACCUACUUGCCACCUAUACCUCAGUCACAAAAAAGCGAAGCGAUGAACUCUAAACAAUGCACGUGUGAAUGUCUUGGAACGUAAAUCCGGUCUGCUGCGCAUGUUCUGCUUGAUUAUCAUUUAGGAUACAAAAAUUAUAGGCGCGCCUAAGCAGCAGGUGGUUGAAUAACGUCGCGUACGGUUCCCGUGAGGAUACGGAAUAUUUACGAGGGAGGCAUCUAAGAAGUUACUGGAGUUGUUAAGCGAUGUUCGUUAAGAUUUAGCAGACUUGUUUCUGUAUAUUGUGCGAGAUGAUGGUGUGGCCGGUGCGACAACACGCGCUGACUGGUUAACAAGCUGCGAGCUCGCGCAAUGUCACGCUUCGCCCAGCUCUUCGUCUUGUUCGCGUUUCUGAGUGAUAACGCCAUGAACGUCAGGCCUAGCUGUAGCGUCUGCGUUUCUUAAAGCCUCGACAGUGUGAAGGUUCCAGAAAGAUAACGGCUCGUAGCAAGGUAACUCAUCGCAGCAAAAUGUCUCGACUGCUCGCAAGUUGUAUAACUUAAGGGUAACGUUGAAGCACUUACAUGAGGCUUCCCUAAAUUCACUGCCGCUCAACGUUUUACUUUUCGAAGCUCACUGUGAUGACUUCUCUCGUAGUGCGGCUGUCUGUGUCUCUACUAGGGUACAUCACAUUAGCUUUUACAGUUUUUGUGCAGUUCACGUCUUUCAGGGAUACUAAAACAUUGUACUUUCAUGUGGACUGGUGCCGAUGAGAGCUUACGAUGUAAAAAAAUAAAUAAAUAAGCGCUCUUUCUGUAA